AUGCAGGGCAGCUUCGCCUCGUCUUCUACCUCGCUACCUGCUGGUGGCGAGAAAAAGGCAAAGCGCAACCUCUUCAAGCGAGUCACGCUUCGGCCGAAGCCUUCCCUCAGCGUUUCGACUUCUGCCUUUGCUUCCCCUGCCGCAGAAUACUCGCCGCGACGAGCAUCAGAGAUGACCGCCAGAGACGCUUCGCGCCAGACGAUCGAUAUUGGCAGGAGCGUUCCCGCUACGCCGAAGAGCGCACGCUCAACGAGGUCGUUUGAUGCCAAGUCGCUCGCGCUUGCAACGCGAGUCACAACGGAGUCUGCUUCGAGGAGUAAGCGCUUCUCGGUCAAAAGCGAUGCUCCGCCUGUUCCGUACAUUCCCAAGUCAUAUCUCAUUUCGGACGAGAUCUUUGUCAUUGCCAACCUCCCACCGGUAGCCGAAGUCGUUGCUCCGACACCGCGCAUCAGCGAAAGCUCCAGCGCACCGUCAAGUUACUCGAUGAUGUCGUCCACCUCGUCUCGGUCAUCCAGCAGUUGGCUCGAUGACUUGCAAAACGUCGGCUUCCCGUCACCACCCUCGGGCGACAACGCUACGUUCUCGCCCAUGUACGUCCGUAGCGGACCCGAGGCCAAAUAUGAACCUACUCGCUCGAGUUUGGACGAUAUUGAUGAUCAGAUCGUUCUCAAUCUCUGCCUCAACCUUUGCGACGACACAACCCCGACGGGGCUGGCUCCCACCGACAUGGAACGGGACACCACAUCCACGCGGUCUCAUCGAAGGACCUCCAGUCUUGCAUCCGUCCCGUUAGAGAGCCUGUCUCGCUCUCUACACACCCGAACUGCUUCGGCGCCCCUCUCUCUCGGACCGCUACCACCUCAACCGACUCAGGCACCUGCCGAGGCCGUGCUCCGCAAGACGAACGCGAUCAAGAAGCGAUACAGCAGGCAGCUUCCUUCGCCCAAGCUUCCCUCGCAGACCAACUCGCCCGCUCUGGGCAGCGGCAAGGAAGACGAUGCCAGUUGCUACUUUGGCGCUGCCCGUGCCGCACCCAGCACGCACCGGCUCGACAGCAUCUCGAGCCUCAAGACCAUCGAAGCCGACCUCUCGCACGACUCCAAGAUGGUCAAGAGGAACCACCAGCGAUCUUACUCGAAACACUCCAUCACGAGCGAGCAGGAUUUUUUGGGCGUGCCGCGUCAUGUCGAGCUGACACCUGGACGUGGCGCGGCACGCAAGACAGCGGCGGAUUUUGAGAGUGAGGUCGAGCAGCACAAUCUGCGCUCGCGAUGGUCCGAAGACUCGGAGGAUGGCAGUGGUGGUGUGGAAGAGGUGAGACGCUUGUUCUCCUCGCUCCUCUCUCCCAAGCUUGGUAGCGCUCCCAAGAUGACGUCUUCGCUCUCGAGCUAUUACACGAUCGCUGAGGGGGACAGCGCCGUCAGCGGCACCAAGACGCCGGACAUGAUCUCGGUUCGACACUCGAGCUCGUCCUCUUCGUCGAACAGCUCCAUUUCGGACUUCUCGGAUCUCACCGUCGCAGCCCCUUCCUCUUCGAAGGUCAAGGCUGUUGAGGACGAACAAGAGACUCUGUUCGAUUUUUCCCGCGCCAGCCUGGACUACCGAGCCAUAUACGCCCUCGCUCAGCAGUACGCUGCCAGCAACAGCACUUCCCCCGCACCAUCGCGCAACCCAUCUCUGCGCCGAGCAUCGACGCUCAAGGUGAAACAAAGUGGUAGUCACAAGUUGUCAUCCCUGCUUCCGAAUGCUUCGGCUUCUCGUUCGCUCAGAAGCCUCGCCGUCGACCCCCUCGAUCGCACUUACCACCUUCGCAAGUGA